AUGGCCGAGAGUAUCGUGGCGCAUCGGGAGCAGGAGGGCGCGUUUGCCUCCCGGGCUGACCUCCUGCAAGUGAAGGGGGUGGGGAAGAAAACCUUCGAACAGGCGGCCGGCUUCUUGCGGGUCUACCGGAGCUCCGAGAUGCUCGACAGCACGUCGGUGCAUCCGGAGAGCUACCGAGCUGCCAAGGGAGUCAUCAAGCACCUCGGGGUGGACCUGGCCGGGGCGACGAAGAGGAAGGGGAAGAAGGCGGAGGAGAAGGAGAAGGAGGGAAGGGAGGAGGGGGAAGAGGUGAACAUUCCUGAACUCGACGCCAAGUCGCUCAGUGAGCUGGCGGGCAAGUUCGAGGUCGGAGAGCAGACGCUGAAAGAUAUCCUGGAGUUUCUUCGGUUUCCAGGGCAGGACCCUCGUAUCAAGCUGCUGGGUAUUCCUCCUCCCACAUUCAUCACAGCCUCAGGCAAGGGGUCGGAGAAGAAGGCUGGUAGCAGGAAGAUCAGUGACGUCAAGGUUGGUGAGGAGGUCGAGGGGAUAGUGAGGAACGUGGUGGCGUUCGGAGCCUUCGUUGACAUCGGGUUUCCUCGGGGCAUGGUCCUUCACGUCGGGCAAGUCAUUCGUGUGGCCAUCGACUCGAUCGACGAGCAUCAUAAGAGCGGAAACCCGCGGCUGACUCUCAAACUCGUGUAG